GGUCGGCUAUCAGUUGGCAAACAGAGUCGAACCUAAUCCGUCCUAGAUGUUUUAGUGAAAGCUUGACAUUGUCGUCGUCGUACCUACACGCUUAGCAAAUCAGCUCCCAACCAUGAACUUCAGCAAACUGUUUGCGCUUGUUCUGCUUAUCGGAUUGGUGCUGCUCACCGGGCAGACCGAAGCCGGAGGACUGAAGAAGCUGGGGAAGAAAUUGGAAGGAGUCGGCAAGCGAGUGUUCAAGGCUUCCGAGAAGGCUCUUCCCGUACUCACCGGAUAUAAGGCAAUUGGGAAGUAACAGGAAGCGGAAACUACUAACUGGGUGGGAAGAAGGGAUAUACAAAUUGUGAUACCGUCGUUCGAAAAUGCUCUCGAAAUGAAAUUAUUUAAUUAAAGCUAGACAUGUUAAAUAAAAACGAAAGGUGAAAAAAAUACAAUGAUUGAGUU